AUGGUGAAGAUCAGUGACCGACAACUCACUUUGCGACAUACACGCUCUCAGGUGGAACGUCGCCGGAUCAUGCGACUUUGCCGCGACCUGUUUGAUGAGAGUGACAGUGACGAAGAUGACCUGGACCACGAGCUCCUGCACAUACUUCGCACAAUUGAGCACCAGUGUUAUUCUGUCGUGCGGUCUUGCGACCCAUUCACGCGUACACGGUUCCACCAUUUCUUGUACGAAAUCAAGGAGUCUCGUUUCCGCAAGCUGUUUCGGAUGGAGCGUCGCUCAUUUAACAGCAUCGUCGCUCUUAUUGAUCAACAGUCAGUGUUUGCGGUCGUGCGUGGCAAAGUCGCCAAAAGCCCAGUGUCCCACCACUUGCUCGUGUUCUUGUACUACAUGGGAGCGAAUGGAAAUGCCGUUUCGAACGAGCACAUGGCGUCGUUCUUUGACAUUGGUGCCGGCACAGUCAGUCUGUUCAUUGGACGUACCACCGAUGCCAUUGUUUUGCUGCGUGGUCAAUUCAUAUACUGGCCGAAUCACGCCGAAACCCUUUCAAUUGCUGCCGAAGUUAAAAGUAUGUGUGGCUUUUCGAACUGCGUUGGCUUCAUCGAUGGUACCCUUUUUCCGUUUGAGUUCAAGCCCACGUUGCAUGGUGAGGACUACUACUCUCGCAAGGGGUGCUACGCUGUAGCGGCUCAAAUUGUUUGUGACCACCGGGCUAUCAUUCGCGACAUUUACACUGGGUGGCCUGGCAUCGUGGAUCGAGCUACAAGUCAACUGCAAUUGCAAUGCUGA